CGCCAGCCUCUUGCACGACGUUACACGCGACCCUAAGCGAUCGUCGCCGAUCUCUCUCCCUCGACUCUCACAUCAGAGAACGAAAGUAACAGUAACAGCCGACCAAGAUGUGCGACGAUGAUGUUGCGGCACUAGUCGUGGACAAUGGGUCCGGUAUGUGCAAGGCUGGAUUCGCGGGGGAUGAUGCGCCGCGCGCUGUGUUUCCUAGCAUCGUUGGCCGACCUCGUCAUCAGGGCGUGAUGGUCGGUAUGGGUCAAAAAGACAGCUAUGUCGGCGACGAGGCGCAAAGUAAGAGAGGUAUACUGACCCUAAAGUAUCCUAUAGAACACGGUAUUAUUACUAAUUGGGACGACAUGGAGAAAAUCUGGCAUCACACCUUCUACAACGAAUUGCGCGUCGCUCCGGAAGAACAUCCUGUCCUCCUCACCGAAGCACCUCUAAACCCGAAGGCUAAUCGCGAGAAGAUGACGCAGAUCAUGUUCGAGACCUUCAACAGCCCGGCCAUGUACGUCGCCAUCCAGGCCGUCCUUUCCCUGUACGCAUCCGGUCGUACCACCGGUAUCGUCCUGGACUCCGGUGACGGUGUCUCCCACACCGUACCCAUCUACGAGGGUUACGCCCUUCCUCAUGCCAUCCUCCGUCUGGACUUGGCCGGUCGCGAUCUAACCGACUAUCUCAUGAAGAUCCUCACCGAGAGAGGCUACAGCUUCACCACCACGGCUGAGCGAGAAAUCGUUCGCGACAUCAAGGAGAAGCUCUGCUACGUCGCCCUGGACUUCGAGCAGGAAAUGGCAACCGCCGCCGCCAGCACUUCCCUCGAGAAGAGCUACGAGUUGCCCGAUGGUCAGGUCAUCACCAUCGGUAACGAGAGGUUCCGCUGUCCCGAGGCUCUUUUCCAGCCUUCAUUCUUGGGCAUGGAGUCCUGCGGCAUCCACGAGACCGUCUAUAACUCCAUCAUGAAGUGCGACGUCGAUAUCCGCAAAGAUCUCUACGCUAAUACCGUCCUCUCCGGUGGUACCACCAUGUACCCCGGUAUCGCCGAUCGUAUGCAGAAGGAAAUCACCGCACUCGCGCCCUCGACCAUCAAGAUCAAGAUCAUCGCUCCCCCCGAGAGGAAGUACUCCGUAUGGAUCGGUGGCUCCAUCCUGGCUUCCCUGUCCACGUUCCAGCAGAUGUGGAUCUCCAAACAGGAGUACGACGAGUCUGGCCCUGGCAUCGUCCAUCGCAAGUGCUUCUAAAAGACACAUCGUACCGAGAAUCACGUUUACCAUCGUCACGAUUCUUCUCUUUCUCUUUUCUAUUUCCUUUUCUAUGCACACGAUCAUACUUCAUUACACGGUCAUAUUCAUCCACGACAUACAGAGACGCGGGAAAGGAAGAGGAAGAGAAGAGAGGGGAAAGAAAGAGAGCGAGGGGGGAGAGAGGGCGAAGAUUAGGUGUGAAAGAUGAUAGCGGGAAAAAAGACGGUUAAUCAAGUGCCUUUAUGUUACACAUUUACCAAACUGUAUUGUACUUUGUAGUUUAUACACAACACGACUGUAUGUUUACGAAUGCUAAUUAAUUUAUCGAUAGUCUCCUCGGCCGCCCGAGCAACGAGUUUUCUUUCGGCCCGGCACGACGGCCCGAAACACAUACAUACAUACGUACCGCACACGAAGAUGCAUGCUCGCUCGCUGAUGAUUGCGUAAGUUUGGCAUUUGCAACACCUGUAAAGAUGAUUAUCGACAACGACGAGGGACACGGCCGACCAUUACCGGCCACAUCGACGUCGGCUCAUAUUGCUGCCCGGCGGAUUGUUCUUCUUAUUGUACCUUACGAUUAUAACAAUGGUAAUAAAAUCAUAUGUUAUGUAAUAA